AUGAGCAAAAAGUGGCCUCCGACCUUGAUUGACCCAGCUUCUCGUCGCUAUGUUUACCCCAAUGGCUGGAAUAAAGGUGGUCGCAAAACAGUGAUGCAACUCAUCCCACAGCCUGAAGAUCUUCCAGUACAGAAAUACACGCAUAACGGCAAAUACCUCUUGAAAGCCUUUCUUGCACUCGUUUUCAUCAACACCAUCUUAUCAUUCUUCAAGUAA